AUGGCCCACUACUUGUUCCCCGCGAGCAAGAGCACCGACAAGGAUGGCCGCAAGCAUGAGCACCACCUCUUGCUUGCCGACCUUGUCCGCGGCGCCACCGACUCCAUCAACGCCUUGGCUCUCUUUCGAGAUCUCGUAGUCCGGCAUGACAGCGGCCCGGAGACUCCCGGGUUCUCGGCCUUUGAUGCCCACGUCGGCGAUGACAGCAACCACCUCCGGGCCGGGAUGGUCAACGACAUGUUCUCGACAUAUCGCUGCCUCUUCCAGGUUAGUCCCACAGCGUGGGAGCUCGUGGACGAUUGGCUGGGUGAGACCAUUGCACAGCUCAAGGCAGUCAUUGUCCAGGCACGUGCUGCCCACCGCAAGCCUAACAGAGGCAAGGCUGAGUCCAGCCGUAGCCGAUGGCAUCGCCAUCCAAUAGUACCCCAAGAAGUUCUUGGUCGCCUAGGAUGGGUUGAGCCAGAACGGUCGUUCGGCUUUGCCGCUGAAGACGGAAGAGGGCCGUUAGUCUCGGGAGCAUCGAGUUCUUCUUUUGAAAAGGAAAGGGGCUCGGCCAAACCUCACAGGGAUCAGCCCGUUUGGGAUGUUUUUGACUCUACCGUACUCAGCCGCUUCGUUAUUUACGCCUACGUACUGUGCAAGUACAAGGCCCCGAGCUCCCAGAGUGGUCCACCACGUAUUGGCCUCGACCACCAGGCCGUCAACGACUUCACCCAGGGACUGGUCAACGACAAUGGGGACGCUCACGUCCAGCAACUAUUAGAUACGGGACGAAUUGAAAUCGAGUUCCGGGCUUUGCAGGCGUGGCUCUCCGAGCUCAGUUGUGCAUGGCUGCAGUCGCUGGCAAGGCGUUCCCGGGUCCGGAGUGAAGCAUCAGGCCUGAUCUCCAAGACGGUCCAGAGGUCGAACCUUGGAUUGACGGCGGCUUCGUCUUACCCUGGGUAUCUCGUGGAGCGCGAAUACCUCUCUCGCCAGUCGACGCCACUGAUCCUCGUCGACAAGCACUCCUGCUCUCACGGGCACCACACCAACGUUUUCGAAGCCACGCUCGCCCCCACCCCCAAACCCCACGCGACAGUCAAAGUUGCCUCUCGAAUCCGGGACGUCUUCCGGUGCAUGCUCCCUUCGCGGAAAAAGACCGUAACCAGCGAAGACAAGACAUCGUCACCACUAGGCCUCGCGCUACACUGGCGCCUCAAGCGCACGUCGGUCGAUGCUCUCCUAGCAGACAACAACCCAACGACUCCCCAUGUUGUAGUGACAGGCAGCAGUCGGCCCGAACCACAACGACAGUACCGUAAGCGGUUGCUGCAAAAGUUCUGGCCCGGCAAAGGAGGUGAUGAACCCAACAUCAUCACCACCCAUAACACGACCAGCAGCUACAACAUCCGCAGAAGCAGCACAGUCACCCGGCCGACCUCCUUCAACGUGAACGGGUGUCCACCCACCUGCCCCGCCAACGAAGCACACAUCGCAGCCUUCCUCCGCGCUGACCACGACCGCAUCGCCCUCGACCAUUUCGCCUCGCGACCAGCCUACGCCUUCCCGAUGUCCCGCACCAACACCGGUCCUGAAGUCAUCGGCCCGCUCCAUUCCAAUACCUGGCCAAUUACGACCAAGGAACAGAAACGACAAGAACAAGAAAGAGAGAACGAAGAAAAUCAUAACAAUAAUAAUCAACACGUACGCGCCACCCCAUCCCGCACCAUGUCUUCAUCUUCCAUAUCAUCCCUCGCGCUGUCCACGCCGCUACGCUCGCCGUCGAUAUCGUGGGGGAUCAAUAGAGUGGAGGGGGAUGUAUCCGCUUGGCCUGGGGUCCGUGAAAGGGGUGAAAAGGGGGAGGAGCCAAGGAGCCAACAGGUGUUUCGGUGGGAGCAUGUGAUGGCUGAGUCGAAGGGACGUUUGGGGUGGAUGUUGGAGUCGGAGUUGAGAUCGAGGAGGAGGGGGGUGAGGGUGUCGACGAGGGAGGUGAGAGAUUUAAAGGUUUGA